AUGGCGUACUACGAAAACCGCCGUUAUCGCGAUUCGCGCGACCGUUACCCACGCCCCGCCAGUUACGCUGAUCCGUUGGAUGACACUCGUGGCUAUUAUCGAAGGCACGAGCAGAACAUUUAUGCACCCCGUGCCAGUGACGACUCGAUCGAGGAAGUGCGGCGCGAAUACCCAUCAGGCUCAGACUAUGCUCACGAGCGUUCUUAUGCCUCUCGACGGCCGCGACGACCCGAUUACGAGAAUGGGCGCCGGGCAUCCUCCGUCAGCGGUUGUGAUUCACACAACGAUGCUGCCUACCAAAGCUCUGGUUCUCAUCGAUUAAGACAUUAUGAGGACCAACGCUCCCGUCGCUCCAAGUACGAUUCCGAUUCUUCUCCAAGUCGCUCUCCGCCCCGCAAUAGACGUCGCAGGUCAUUUAGCGAGCAAGCCCUGGGCGCCCUCGGCCUCGGGGGUGUCGCUGCUUCGGCCAGCCGCGACGACCGUGGUCGCGGCCGUUCCCAGUCCCACCGUCGCCACAGAUCAUAUUCGAGAUCAUCGUCAGAUUCACGGAGUCGCAGCCGUCAUCGCGGCAGCAGCAAACGUGAUAAAAGCGAGCAGCGCAUCAUUCAAGCUGCUCGCGCCGCCUUGACAGCCGGUGCAGUUGAGGCUUUCAAACAGCGCAAAGAGCCCGGAGAAUGGGCCGGUACGAAAGGAAAGCGCGUCCUCACUGCUGCUAUAACUGCUGGUGGCACCGACGGCCUGGUCGAUAAAGAUCCUAGCAAGCAUGGCACACGUCAUGUGAUCGAGUCUACGCUUGCAGGUCUGGCUGCCAGUCACUUCAUAGGUGGUGGUUCACGCUCACGAUCUCGUGGCCGAGACGGUGGUCGCUCUUCAGGUGGCAGAAGUCUCAAGAAUCUUGCUGCCACUGGAGCGAUCGCAGCCGCGGGAAAGGAGAUCUUUGAUCGAUACUCAAAAUCACGUUCUCGGCCUCGCGGCCGCAGCGACUCCCGUGGCAGCGACCCGGGCGAGCGUGGCUCUCGCAAGCGCAGCAAGAGCGUUUCAGAUUACAUCACCAAGGGCAUGACCGCCCUGGGACUUGGAGAAGGUGAAGAUCGUCAUCGCGACAGCAGAGACCGUCGUGAGGAGCAUCAUCGAGAACAUCGUCGGGAGCAUCGGGACGAUCGAGAGCGGCGACAUCACCGGGGACAUCGCAACGGCGACUAUUCGGAUUCAGAUGCGGACAGCGAUUAUUACCACAGGGACUCGAGACGGGGUAGAGGCUCGAGAGAUGUAGGUCGAUACCGUUCAUUGGACGGAAGAAACCCACCCCUAAAUGCACCCACCAGCGCUUCGCGCGGUGAUUCAGGUGCCGGUUCUAAGGACCGCGGCCAUGGGUCGAGCUAUGAAAGUGAUUCUGACCUAGGUGACAGUUCUGAUGAAAAGAAGCAACGCAAGAAGUUGAAGCGGGAUAUGCUGAUCACGGGAGGUCUGGCUAGCGUGGCUACCAUCCACGCUGCGCACAGUCUUUACAAUGGCGUGGAGAAGAGGAAAGAGCGGAUGCACCAGUUGAAAGAGGGAGAGAUUACGCCCGAGGAGGCCCGCAAACUUCGCAUGAAAGCUAAUACAAAGGACGCCGUGAGUAUCGGUCUCGCCGCACUUGGUAUCAAGGGUGCCUAUGGUGAAUGGAAGGAGGUUAUGGAGAAGCGCAAGGAAACUGCCCAUUUCCAGGAGGAAUGUCUUCAACGUGCUGCUAAGCGUGAGCGUCGCCGUGCUCGUAGCCAGGGUGCACCUUCCCGUCGUCAUCACUGGCCUGAUGAAGUUGAAUCUGCACCUUCAAUGCAUGAACCACGGAGCGAAAAUACCCCGAUUUAUCGUGAUGGAAAUCCGUACGGGGCUCAUGACGCACCGCAGAUCUCUUACUAG